UAUCAGAUCUUUACUUGUAAAUUUUACCAAUAUGGGAAUGGUUUGGAAAUCUUUGUCGCAGUUUGUGAAGUUAUGUUUAUCCUGUUUAUUCUGACCUCCACAUAUAGAGAGUUCAGUAAAUUCAGAAACACUGGUUCUAAGGAAUACUUCUCAGAUCCCUGGAGUUAUGUAGAGGUGGCAAUUGUCUGCCUGGGAUACUCAGCUAUUGGUCUGUUUUUUCAACGUUUAGUCACAGUAAACUUCACCAUUGCCAGUUUCCAUGAACAUGGCAGAGAAGAAUUUGUGAACUUUUUUCCAGCAGCAUUCUGGGACUACAUCCUGGGCUACACCUUGGCUGCCAUGCUGGUGCUGACAGUGCUCAAGGUUUUCAAACUGCUACGGUUUAAUGUCAGCAUGAACAUGUUGUCUGCCACUUUGAAGAAAUCUUGGAAGCCUACACUACAUUUUUAUCUAGUUCUAGUUGUCCUCAUGAUGGCCUAUUCCUUCUUUGGGCAAUGUGCUUUUGGUCACUACAUCGAACACUUCAAGUCCUUAUUGGACUCCUUACAGACUUUGUUCACUCUGAUCAUGGGAGGAUUUGAGUUUGCAAUUCUGGGAGACUCAAACCGUGUCAUUGGUAUCAUGUUUCUGAUCACCUUUGCCAUGAUAGUCCAGGUGUCGCUGAUCAAUAUUUUCAUUGCCAUUAUAAACGAAUCAUUCAGAUGUGUUCAGAAGACCACCAAGGAGACGUCCAAUGAGAUGGAGAUGGUGGACUUUAUGUGGACGAGAUUACUGGUGAUUCUUGGUCUCCACACAGGGGCAGGGGUCACCAUUCCUUCCACUAUUGACCCAAAGAUACUGCAACAACUGGACAGGAAGCAAAAUUAGAACGUUUCAUCUGAUAUAGAUUUUAAAAUCAGACGAUUUAAGUUUUUUUACUACAAUAUGUUUAUAAAGACAUUAAAUGCUCCAUCAAUGAAAACAAGGUGAUACUAUUUCAAAGCCAGUUUUGUAUGUUAACCAAUAAUGUGGGACUGCGCAGGAUUGGAACAUGAUGCCAAUGUGUUAAAUAGCAGACUAUGACAGAUAUGAAUUAAGUAGCAGUUGUACAUGCAAUUAUGACACUUUAAUUGCCUCAAAUAGGAUGCUAUUGCAAAAUUGUGUAAAUACAUGUAUAAAUUUUAAAGGAAGUCCUACAGGUACUUUUAAAAUACUGAUACAUGUAUCUUAAACAAUGUUUAAGAAUUUUCCAUUUGAAAACGUAAGAAAAGCAAAGCUUCAUCUUGUACAUAAAAGCAUUUUAAAGUGUCAGAUGUCAUUUGGGGUCACAGGUCACCCAGGGUUCAGAGGUCACAUUCUGUGUACACAGAUAGCAAUUAGUUAAAGGGAUAAUAAGUCUUCGUAUGAGAUCUAUAUUUUACAAUAAAAACAUUGUGAGUAACUCAUAU